AUGGGCGCACAAAGUGUGGAGUCUGCAGGGGACGGCUCAGGAUACUCAGGUUCCGAGUCAUCCUUCUUUCUUGGCGGCCGGAUGCCGGCAGUUUGGUUCGGCGGCGACACGGACUAUGACAGUGGUUGCUCUUUUGACGCGGUGGGGAAGACCUCGGAGAAGCCGGAGAUCAAGAGUAUCCUUGACCUCUUCUCGGAAUCCCCCGAUGCUUCGAAGGAUGAGGAGCUGGAGCAUUCACAGGAAGCUGACCCAGCGGAAGCCAUGCAGCCUCCUCCGCGCUUUCGAUUGGCCAAUGCAUUCCGUGCCUCUACCAUACCCGCAAGGCAGAUGGAUGCCAUAAAGGCGAUUCCCCAGCUGGGUGAACGGAGCGCAAGGUCGUCUUCCAUGCCGGCCAUCACGGACGGCCAGGGACUUCGCGCUGGCGAGUCAGGAGAAUCCUUUGCGGACACUGGCAUGGGUUCUUCGUGGACGAUGCAGACAUCCGACCAAACAUCCGAAAGCCGAGAAGCCAUGUGGCGAUGCCUGCUGAUAUGGCUCUCUGGGGCCGCAGUGCGAGGAGAUGGCGAUGGCGACUGGUGGGUCACCUUCGGGAACUGCAAGAUUGACUCGGACGGCUGUGCUACGAGCCCGCGGUACCCCUCCAGGUACAACAACAACCGAGACUGCGAGAUUGAGGUCGCCCCUGGAAACACGAAGGCGAUCAUGGUUGCCCAGUUCUCCACAGAAGCCAGGUACGACUUUUUGGAAGUCAACGGCCUUGCUUUCAGCGGACAAAUCGGCCCGGAGAACGUCGUGCCUUCCGGGGUGAUAAAGUGGGAUGCGGACUACUCAAUCACCGACGCGGGGUGGCGACUGUGCCUUCAGGAGUUUGUGGGAAGCAGGUAUUUACAUUGCAUAUUCAAGGCAUAG